UGAUCUUGUUUAGUCGUGUUUAUUUUGUAAUAAAACGUAAUUUUUAUUCAAUUGCACAUUCCAAAUCUUACCCUUAGAAACAUAAAGCGUCUUUACGGAGUUAUUAUUAUGGAUCUCGCAGCAUUUUCCAACGAUGAUUUUGAUCCUAAAGAGUGGAUUAAUAAAACAUUUCAAUGCUCCGAAGCUCGGGAGAACAAAGAAGAAUUUGCUACUACGAUAGUAGCAAAACUCCAGUCAUUCAUUCAGGAGGUUAAUAUAUCAUUAGAGAAGACUGCUGAACAAGUCAACCAAAACAUACCAAGAAUAGCGAGAGAAAUUGAAGUUAUGCAGAAUGAAGCAAAAUUGCUGCAACAUCAGAUGAAUAGUGUAAAGGGAGAUGUCAUGAAAGUUGAACAUGAUGCAUCUCAAGCCAUGCAGACUUUGCUUAAAAUAGAUCAUGUCAAAUCCUGUAUGCAAGAAGCUAGCAAAGCUCUUAGGGAAGCAGACAAUUGGACAACUUUAUCUGCUGAUGUUGAAGAGAUUUUUGAUAGUGGGGACAUCAAUGCUAUCGCAAUGAAGCUAGUUGGAAUGCAAAAUAGCUUGGAAAUAUUAGCUGAUGUUCCAGAUUAUCAGGAAAGAUGCUUUCGUUUAGAAAAUUUAAAAGACAGAUUGGAAGCCAUGAUUAGUCCUCGCCUAAUAGCUGCUUUUAAUACACAGUCACUUGUUACUGACGUUGCUUUGAUGUACAUGAAGAUCUUUAAGGAUCUGAGAAGACUUAGUACUCUACAGAAGCACUAUCACAAUUUUCAAAAGAAUCAACUCAUUCAGCAAUGGAAACAAAUUGUCGAAUGUGAUCCAGAGGAAACUCUUAUAGAUUGGUUGAAUAAUUUUCAUGAUAUACUACUAUCUACUUGGCAUUCUCAAAUGACAUGCUGUCAGCAACUUCUUCCAGACUCAUCUGUAAUACAAGUGCUAUCAGAGUUAUUAGUAGAUGUGUUAACAAAUCUAGAUCCUUCUCUGGCAUUCUGUAUUGAUGCAGGAAUGAAGCUUCAAUCUAAUCGUUUGCAGUAUUUGAUAGAGCUGAAACAAAUUACAGACAGACUGGCUAAGAGCUUGGAAAUAUCAAUUCACUCUGUUGAACCUAAAGAAUUGAAUAGUGCUCAUGUUAUUCUUCUGGUUAAGACUAUUUAUGCACCUUAUCGUCCACACAUUGAAAAAUAUGAUUCAUUAGAAGAGCAACAUCUUGUAGCGUCAUUAAAAACUUUAAGUAUGUCCGAAGAUAUAAUCGACUGUGCUCGUCUUCUUGGGGAUUCUGUGAGCAAAGUAUUUUGCUUCAUUCAAGAAGCUGAAAGUAGAUGCCAGCAGUUAACUCAGGGGUGUGGAUAUAUAGGUUUGCUUCGAGCUUUAGAGGGUUUUUUAGUGGAAUAUUCAGGAAAUUUUCGCUGCUUAUUAAGACUGUUCAGGAACAAAAUGCAGUUUAAAGAUGAAAAUCAGAUUGAUGAUUGGUCUCUCUUCCAACAAUCCCUACAAGCCACUCAGAUUAUUGGAGAAGUAUUGAUGCAACUGGAGAAUCUUGUGAUCUUAUACACUGAAAAUAUUCGGGAAGUUGGUAGGAAACUUGGCUACUACUCUCCUACUGAAGAACAUUAUGUGAAUGCCUUUCAUACAUAUGAUGAUGUUUUGCUCUGUCCUGGAGCGAAACGGGAGUUUCAACAACUGAUAACUAAACUACAAGAAGAACAAAAUGUUCAUCUGUUGCCAAAUUCUACAGCAGCAUUUAAAAAACUCUGUUCUGAUGCUGGAUAUUUGGUUUCUGAUUUAGUAUUAAAGCAAGCACAAGUACAUUUGCAAAAAGUGCCUCAAAUGAAAUUGUGGGCUGAAGAUAUAUCUGGUUCUGUAAUAGCUGAUUUACCUCAGUUUAGUUUAUCUCCUCAAGAAUAUAUAACUGAGGUUGGUCAGUACCUGAUGACUAUACCUCAGCAUAUUGAGCCUUUUAUUUUACGAGAUAAUCCUGCACUUCACACUGCUUUAAAGAACUGCAACAUGCCUCAUAGUGUAGAACAAGAUUCAAGUAGCAAUGUUGCUGAUUAUUUACUGGAAUGUUUAGCAAGAAGAAUUACAGAUUGCUAUUGUGAAAAUAUCUUAAGAAUAUCUUACAUUACUGCAAAUGCAAUAAAUCAGCUUAUUACUGAUAUUGGUUACUUUUGUGAUGUAUUAGAUGAUCUGGGAUUGUUUCCAUCAGCUGAUUUGCAACACUUAUUGUCACUUUUAAAAGCAAAACCAGAGACAUUUGAAACAGAAAGUAAAGGCAAGCCUCAAGUGUUAGUGCGUAAAAUUCAAACAAUGAGGAAAUUGCGCACGUAAUAAAAAUUUUCUAUGAACCAUGAUGUAAUUAACACUUUUGUAAAUAUUUUAAAUGAUUAUUUUCUGUGUGUAAAUUCAAAAGAAAUAAAAACUAUUUGUAUGGAAAUAAAAA